CAUGUUGUGCAUGCAUCAUCGACGCAAUGGUUCCCUGCUGAAAACCGUCUCAUAUUUUAUAGGUCGUUUACUUCUCGGCUACAUACCCUUACUUCAUGCUGUUUAUUCUCUUCAUCCGUGGGGUGACUUUACCUGGAGCUAAAGAAGGCAUUCUGUUCUAUAUUACACCUGAGUUUGAAAAACUGAAAGAAUCUGAGGUCUGGCUGGAUGCAGCGACACAGAUCUUUUUUUCUUAUGGAUUGGGAUUGGGGUCACUUAUAGCUCUGGGCAGCUACAACCCUUUCAACAACAAUGUUUACAGAGACUCUGUCAUUGUGUGCUGCAUCAACUCGUGCACCAGCAUGUUUGCUGGCUUUGUAUUCUCCAUUGUUGGCUUCAUGGCACAUGUGACAAAGAAAGACAUCGCCGAUGUUGCAGCUUCAGGUCCAGGUUUAGCUUUUCUGGCCUACCCGGAGGCAGUAACCCAGCUGCCGGUGUCUCCUCUCUGGGCCGUUCUGUUCUUCUCCAUGCUGCUCAUGCUGGGGAUCGACAGCCAGUUCUGCACUGUUGAAGGCUUCAUCACCGCUCUGGUGGAUGAGUUUCCCAAGGUUCUUAGGGGUAGACGAGAGAUCUUCAUCGCAGUUGUCUGUCUGGUGUCCUAUGUGAUCGGACUUUCAAACAUCACACAGGGUGGAAUCUAUGUGUUCAAACUGUUUGACUACUACUCUGCCAGUGGAAUGUGUCUGCUGUUCUUGGUCUUCUUUGAAUGCAUCUCCAUAUCCUGGUGCUACGGUGUGAACAAGUUCUACGACAACAUUGAAGAGAUGAUUGGCUACAAGCCAUGUGUAUGGUGGAAGUUGUGCUGGGUCGUGUUCACCCCACUCGUCGUGGCGGGGGUGUUCUUGUUCAGCGCCGUACAAAUGGUUCCUCUCACAAUGGGAGAUUAUGUGUUCCCAAGCUGGGGCCAGGGAGUGGGCUGGCUUAUGGCUCUGUCCUCCAUGGUUCUCAUACCGGGAUACAUGAUCUAUAUGUAUCUUGGACUCAAGGGUACCUACGAAGAGCGAUUGAGGAUAAUGCUUCGGCCUCCUGCAGUUGUCAAGCGACGUCAAGAAAAUGGACCAGAGCAACAGGUGGAAACCAACACAGCAAAUCUAACCAGCCCUACCAAUCCUGCUAAUCUAGCUCCGGCAAACCCGACCAGCCCAACCAAUCCAGCUCCUGUCAACUCAACCAGUCCAGUGACCACCGCAAACCCAGCAGUGCCAAGCACUGCAGCUACGGUUGCUAGCCCGGUGAACCCUGUAGCUAUCCCCACCAUCACCACCACAGCCACCACAGUUUGUCCGGUUAACCCCAUCGCCAUGUUUAUCCCAGCCAGCCCGCCGCCAAACCUCACUAGCCCAACGGCGCCUGUUAACCCCCCAAACCCAGCAAGCCCAACUUCGAACCUGCCCAACACUGAGGCCAGUGUGUAGACAACAACACAACCCUCAUGGAGCAUGUAGAAAAAAAGAGAACAUUACAAAGGACUUCCAAGAUUUUAAUUGAGUCACCUACCUCCAUGGGAAAUAUGUGAUCAAAACAGAUUUUCAAACCAGAUUUAAUUUCUCUGCAUUUUUAAAAUCAAACCAGUGAUGUCUCAUUUUUGGUUUGCAUUCUGAUAACAACAAGAAAGACUGUUAAUGUCCAGAAAUACAACUAUCAGUCUGAGCAACAACACAACAACAAAAAAAAUGCUGUGUAAUACUGUGAGGAAAAAAAACAGAACAAAAACAACCAUAGAGGUAUAGAUUAGGAAUUUGUGGAUUAUCUUCAUGAAUCAAGUCAUUACAGUGUGAAUAUAGUAGAUGCCAUAGUGAACAAAAUUGACGUAACUGAAGAGUGAACUGAAGAGAUGCAUCAGUUUUAUUGUGGAUGUUUACCAAACCUCACGCAGCGAUCGCCUUUCCAAACAUCGCACUCCGUGAGGCAAACCACAGUGAGGAGCUCGAAGAAAGCACAAUGCCAA